UUGGCGCAGCGGCUGGCCCAGGAGGUGCCCCGCGACGUGGCCUCCUUCCUCUACACGGGCGACUCGCGGGAGCUGCGUCGCGCCAACUGCUCGGGCCGCUACGAGCUGGCCGGCGUGGCGGGCAAGUCGCGCUUCGCCGCGCACCCCUCGCUGCACGGCGCCCUCGACACCCUCACGCACGCCACCAACUUCCUCAACAUGAUCCUGCAGAGCAAUAAGUCGCGGGAGCAGAACUUCCAGGAGGACCUGGAGUGGUACCAAGCCUUGAUCCGGAGCCUCCUGGAGGGCGACCCCAACAUCUCCAGGGCGGCGAUCACUUUCAGCACGGAGCCCUUGGCCGCAGCUCCGCAGAUCUUCCUGCAGGCCAGCAGGCACGAGAGCCAGAUCCUGCUGCAGGACCUGUCCUCCUCGGCGCACCGCCUGGCCAACGCCUCCGUGGAGACCGAGUGGUUCCACGGCCUGAAGCGCAAGUGGAGGCCCCACCUGCACAGGAAGGUCCUCACGCCGGGCCCCAAAACUUUGGAGAGCAGCUGGAAGAGGCGCGAGAGCUUCAGCGCUGACAAGAACCACAUCAGGUGGUCGUCGCCGUUCCUCGAGUGCGAGAAUGGGAAUUACAAACCCGGCUGGCUGGUGACCCUCUCGGCAGCUUUCUAUGGACUCCGGCCGAACCUUUUCCCGGAAUUCAGAGGUGUUGUUAAAGUCGACAUAAAUCUGCAGAAGGUGGAUAUUGACCAGUGCUCAAGCGAGGGGUGGUUUUCAGGAACUCACAAAUGUCACCUCAACAGUUCAGAGUGCAUGCCAAUUAAAGGCCUUGGAUUUGUGCUUGGAGCCUACAAAUGUAUUUGCAAGGCUGGAUUCUAUCAUCCCAACAUCUUUUCAGUGAACAGCUUUCAGAGAAAGGACGCGGAUAACCGCUUCCCUGGUGGGGAGCUGUCGGAGGAAGUCUACACGUGCCUGCCCUGCAGGGAAGGAUGUUCCUACUGCACAGAUGAUACCCCCUGCUAUGCACAGGAGGACAAGUAUUUGCGGCUCGCUAUCAUCUCCUUCCAAACGCUCUGUAUGCUGCUCGACUUCAUAAGCAUGCUGGUAGUCUACCAUUUUCGCAAGGCAAAGAGUAUCAGGGCUUCAGGGCUGGUUCUUUUGGAAACCAUUCUUUUUGGAUCACUCCUUCUGUACUUYCCGGUUGUCAUUUUGUAUUUUGAGCCAAGCGUAUUUCGCUGUGUUCUCCUAAGAUGGGUUCGUCUUCUGGGCUUUGCUACUGUUUAUGGAACUGUGAYGCUCAAGCUGCACAGGGUUUUGAAGGUAUUCCUGUCCCGAACUGCUCAGCGUAUUCCAUACAUGACAGGUGGACGAGUGAUGAGGAUGCUGGCUGUAAUUCUCCUGAUAGUCUUUUGGUUUCUCGUCGGCUGGACUUCUGCAAUAAACCAAAAUUUGGAGAGAAACAUUCCACUCAUUGGCCAAGGGCAAACAUCUGACCACCUGAUCUUCAAUAUGUGCCUCAUAGACCGCUGGGAUUACAUGAUGGCUAUUGCUGAAUUUUUGUUCCUCUUGUGGGGUGUUUAUCUCUGCUAUGCAGUGCGGACAGUCCCAUCAGCAUUUCAUGAGCCACGUUAUAUGGCUGUUGCAGUUCACAAUGAGCUCAUUAUCUCUGCUAUAUUCCAUACAAUUAGAUUCAUACUUGCUUCAAGACUUCAGUCUGACUGGAUGCUGAUGCUCUUCUUUGCACACACACACUUGACUGUGACGGUCACUGUUGGGCUACUUCUGAUCCCUAAGUUUUCACAUUCAAGCAAUAACCCAAGAGAUGAUAUAGCUACAGAAGCUUAUGAAGAUGAGCUUGACAUGGGUCGCUCUGGAUCCUAUCURAACAGCAGUAUCAAUUCAGCAUGGAGUGAACAUAGUUUGGAUCCUGAAGACAUUCGGGAUGAGCUGAAGAAACUAUAUGCCCAGCUUGAAAUCUAUAAGAGGAAAAAGAUGAUUGCUAAUAACCCACAUCUCCAGAAAAAAAGGUGCUCAAAGAAGGGCUUGGGGAGAUCGAUAAUGCGACGUAUUACAGAAAUCCCCGAGACAGUCACGAGGCAGUGCUCCAGGGACGAGAAGGACGUGGUGGAGCACAGUGCUAUAAAGAAUACUGCAGCACCGAAGAAAAACCCACAGGAUUCCACGAGUUAUGUAAAGCCAAAAGAAGAGACUUUGAAAAACCGAGUAUUUUCAUUAAAGAAGUCCCACAGCACUUACGAUCAUGUUAGGGAUCAAACAGAAGAACCUAACAGCUUAACUAGAGAGAGCGUGGAAGGUCUAACUACUGAGAAUUCACUUCUGGAUUCCUUGACUGAGAAUAAGUUAACUAAAAAAGCUACUGAAAAAGUUGAAGCGGUGUCCACUGAAUCAGUCCCUUUGGUGUGCAAAUCAGUAAGUGCACAUAAUUUAAGUGCAGAUAAGAAGCCUCUGCAUCCAAGAACAUCUGUGUUACAAAAAUCCCUCAGUGUUAUUGCUAGUGCCAAGGAAAAGACUCUAGGCUUAACAGGUAAAACACAAAGUCUCGAAGAAAGCACUAAAUCCCAUAAAUCUCAACAAAAGAAUAAGGAGAUCAACAAAAAACACUCAAUCUCUGAGAAAGGAGAGCAUAAGGAUUCUCACGGGAAGAACUCUACGCAUUCUGAGGAGGCAAAGAAAACCCAUAAAUCUGGAAUUAUGAAACAACAAAAGGUUAGUCAGACAUCUGCAAAUCCUGACACAGGGCCAGGUAAGUCUCUGCACAAGGACAACAAGGACAAUUUUGACAUAGGAGAAGUUUGUCCAUGGGAGAUAUAUGACCAAAUUCCUGGUCCUGUGCCUUCUGACUCUAAAGUUCAAAAACAUGUAUCUAUUGUAUCCUCGGAGCCCGAGAAAAAUCACCCUUCCCAGCCAAAGGGGAAGUCUCAUCAUAAAUUGAAGACAGCUGAGGGGUAUCAACAAUCUAAUCAAAAGAGCUCAGAAAAGUUGGAGACAACCCCUUGGGAGACACAAGAGCAGCAGGCUUUUGAAAAUGAGAAAAAACAGUUGAAUUCCAAGUCUCAGGUCACCCCUGGGUUGAAAUGUGAGAAUGUUAAUAGAUACGUGCCCACUACUUGUGCUGGGGAGUAUGAGGAACCACCCCAGAAAGCAACAGAAAAGGAAAACCUCAAUAAAUUGGCAGAACAGAAAAAGAAUAUAUUGUCUGAGGCAAAUGUGCUUUCAUCUGACUCCCAUAAGCCAAGUAGUUACUUCCAGCAACCUUUAGCAUCUCGAGCUGAAGUCUGCCCUUGGGAGUAUGAUACACCAGAUUUACCAAAUGCAGAAAAAAGUGUAGCUUUAUCAAAAACCUCUACUAUAAGUGCAAAUAAAACAGCAACACCUCGAAAAUAAGAGGUUUUGGACUGAGGAGAGUAGCAACACUGGGAAGAAAGACAACAGGAAAGACAGAAGGGACUUAGGCCAGAAGGAUCUGAAAAUUCCUAAGGAGCAUCACUUAAAUCAAGAGAAUCAGCACAACACACAAGUAGGAAAUAAGCAAAGUAAAUUAUUAUUGUUCUUAUUGUUUAUUUUUUGAGUGCCAACAGUGUGAUUUGCAGUGCCCAGAAGGUGGCCCCUGCUGCAGACAACUUACUGUGUCAAUGAAAGAAAACCUGCCUUGGUGAAGUCACUACUUCAAGAGAAUAAAAAAAAAAUGGCUCUAACAAGUACACACCGUAAAUAAACCUCACCAGAAUUAUUUCUGAAUGCCCACAACUGGCUUUAACUUGCCCUUGGGACUUUAAAGAUCCAUCAGAAGUAGGCACAGAAAAUGUCCUGAUGGCAAAAUGGGGUAUCAAUGAGCAGCUUAUUGUAAUGACGACUUUUCACGUUGCAUAUUUCAUCUUGAUAGCACUGCUAACUCAAUGCAUCCCAAAAAUACAUUUUAUAUAAUGAUUGCUGUCAUUUUCUUAUUAAUGUAUGUUUACGUACAUUGUUGUGUCUCAUAUUAAAGCAUUCCAGGUUGUAUAAUUUUUGCAAAUAACUUUGAUAUUAUG